AUGAUUCUUCGGGAAUUCCUAAUCUGCACACUUCUGGUCGCCAGUCUUGUUUGUCUGCAGGCACACUCCACAGAGGAUGCCUACCAGAUGUCGCAGGACGUCGUCGACGAAGAGCAACAUCUGCUGGAUGCUGCACUGGUGGAAGGCGAGCUGGAGGAUGUGCCAUCGCUAGAGGGAGAGCGUGUGCGGAUUUUACAACCAGCACGAUUUCGUGUGAGGAUUCGGUUGGGCGGUCGACGUGGACUGGGCGGACGCAUAUUUCGGAGUCGCGGAGGCAGGAUAUUUUGGCAGUACCUCGGCGCGCGUUAG